AGUCAUUCGUUUUUUUGCCAUGAUACCUAGUAAAAGCGUAUGUUAUACUGCCACGUAAUCUCAGAGUUCAGAUAGACGCAGCCUGCAGGGCAAGGGGCGGUCCGAGGAGCAACAGUAGAGUGGAACUGGGCGAAGAAAACUGAGUGAAGACGGAGCAAGAAAUUCCCUGAUACGAUUUAAAACCUUGAUUCACAUCAUCGAGGGAAUAGGCACCAGUCUGUGGGGUAGGAGUGGACCUCCGUACUCAAUACCCAGGGGGUGCACUCUAACUCAGCACUCCCUAACUCUCACCUCCCCCACUGUCUGACCAAGCUGAGGGUCUAAGAACACCAGUGCUCAAGGGAAGGAGGACAGCCUGCUAGGCGCCAUGAGACAGUUGAAAGGCAAGCCCAAGAAGGAGACGUCCAAGGACAAGAAGGAGCGCAAGGCGGCCAUGCAGGAGGCACGCCAACAGGUGGCCACCGUGGUGCUGCCUACGUUGGCUGUGGUGGUGCUUGUCAUCGUGGUCUUUGUCUAUGUGGCCACCAGGCCUGGGGCCAUUGAGUAACAGGCUCCACCCCAGAGACCCAGUGGGGCCACAUGCACACUUCACCAAUAACUAUGAGCCUGGACUGGGAAUUUGCUGCACCCAAAGGAUGACCCGAGCCUCCAAGCCUUCUGCUGACAGUCUUCAACCCUAUGGGCAGCCUCUGUUCUCCCAUCUCUCACCACUCAUCCCUCUGUCCUUGUUCCCUUUCACUUUUUUGUAGUUUGGUCCACAGCUCAUCUGCCAGUUAGAAUGGAUUGUCUUUAAACAAUGCUUCCACCAAGUGCAGUUUUCAGUGUGAAAGAAAACUCAAGCUGCUAAACAAUCAAAAUUGAAUGAAGAAGCCCUUGGCUUUACAGGUGCCUUUUAGAUGGAUGGAGAUGUGUGGCACAGUUGGCCAAAUUCGGCUCUCAGGCAUAACUUCCAUCCAUGAUUAUUUUAUCUCCCUUAGAUUAUAAUAGUAGUCAGUAGGAUUCACAUUGGCUAUGGUGCUGUCUUGAGUUUUUCUGUGUUUUUCAUGUUUACCAAAGGACUUAGUGCACAGCUUGCCAAAUUUGACCAGGUGACAUGUUCAAUCAGGCGUAAAGGUCAAAAUAAUUAAAUUGUGUGACUAAUAUAAACCACCUCAUUGUUGAGCAAUUUGUUUUAAGACACAAUGAGAGCCUUUUUAAUUGCAUUUACCAGUUAAUCCGGCCAGCCUUUCUUCAAGCUAUGUCUAUAGAAUGUAUAGAUGUGUGAUGUCACAAGCGUUUUGCCGGGUAGUGUGGGGCUGAGGUAGUUUUGUAAGUGUAGACAAUGAUGUAUAUGAACAAAUAUGGAAAUUCUGAAACAAGCAACAACAGUUUGAGGCAGAAAACUUGUUGUCCAGUUGGAAUCCCAAAGAAGAUGCUUUAAAUAUUUUGUUCUGCCUUUUUGGUUUAUUUGACCUUUCUGACAGGUCGGAUAACUGUGACUUAGACUAAAUGAAGCUCUGAGAUCAUCACAGCUCAUGUCAUCCUUGUCUAGUAAAUGUUUCUCCACUAAUUUAUAUACAUGUCAGUUUCUUAAAUUAAACCAAACUAAGUCAGAUAUUCACUCUGUGUAUCUGGUUGCCCACCAUUUUGUCAUAGUGCCCAUACAAAGAAGGUGCAUAACUGAACUGCCAGAUGAGGACAACAGUGCUAGCAAAGUUAUAAGAUCGCGUAGCCGUCCAAAAUCUUUAUCAUAUUUUUGUGCGUGUUGAACAAAAGAUGCUCAGGCAUUUUGCGAUAAAGGACAGGAUUUAGUGGGCAAAGAAAAUUGGCAGUAUGUAACAGCUAUGUUAGAUACCAUUAACCUUUUGCCCCCCUGCUGUCUGUGUGUCCCAUAAACAUCCUGUUUGUUUACUGUUGCAGUAAAUACAAUUAUACACAACAAAUGUGUGAUUACAAAUUAGUAUUAUGACAUGCCAGCGUUGGUCGCGUCUUAUUCAGAGAUGUUUGUGUGUGACUCUGGAGCGAAUGGGAUGUAUUACAUGAAUGUGUUAAUUGAUGCAACUUUGUCACACAGGGCAGAAUGUUCCAUGUAUUACAAGUGCUACACACUUUAUCAUUAAGUUAUUGACAACCUUGACUCUGAUUCACUCAGUAUCAAUUCUGUGCAGAUGCGAAAAAUGUGCCUUAAUACAUUUGACAAUGUCUCUUAAGUCAAUAAAGAAGUCUAAAAGACCAUGUGUA